AUGAUGAUGCCAUCUGCAGCUACCCUGAAGACUGGUGGCUAUGAAGUGGAGCUGUUUGUGGACACCCCUGACCAUGAUCUGAUCUGUAUCAUCUGCAGAGGUGUUCUACGCUGCCCUGUACGGGUGGCAUGCAACCACAUCUUCUGUAAGAGAUGCAUUUUACAGUGGAUGAGGAGGCAGGAAACAUGCCCAUGCUGCAGGAAGCCGAUCAGUCAGAGUCUCAUGUUUGUUGUGUUCAAGCUGAGUAAAUCCAUCAGCCGUUUACCCAUUAAGUGUCGAAAUGAACAGCAGGGCUGCAGGGCCACCUUCCCCCUCUCGGAUGAGUACCUCCACAGCUCAGCGUGUCCCUUCGAGUGGCUGCUGUGUCCUCACCCGGGCUGUGGGGCACGGGUGCUGCGGAAAGACUCCCAAGAGCAUGAACGGACCUGCGGUCACUGGAGGCAGUUGUGCCCAAUGGGCUGCGGAGUGCUGCUGGAUCGGGACAGCCAAGUGCGGCACAACUGCUACAGAGAGCUACAGCAGCGCUACGAGUCUCAGAGGCAGACACAGCGCACCAUUGCAGCAGCGCUUCGCAGGAAGAUGCUACGCAUGCAGAGCAGCAUGAACCACAUGAGGAGGCAGAUAGGCCUGAUCUGCGAGAGCCUGGAGCUCAGCCAGGGGGCUGAGGGGCCAGGCGAGGACCCCGGAGAGGGAACUAGUGCUGGGACAGGCUCCAGGGCCAGCUAUAGCUCCAGCAGUUCCAACUCCAGCUCUAGCAGCAGCUCAUAA